CAACGCAAAAUUAAUAAAUUUCGAGAGAAAAAGAAAAACGGAGAGAAAAAAGAGAGAGAGAAAGUGAGAGAGAGUGGUUCUUCACACUCUCGUAUUUCACAGAUCAGAUCCAAACGUUCCGAUUCGUCUAGAUCCAUAUUAGGUUUCCAAUGGCGUGCAUCAAAGGGGUUAAUCGAUCGGCGUCGGUGGCGCUUGCGCCCGACGCGCCUUACUUGGCCGCAGGCACCAUGGCCGGCGCCGUCGAUCUGUCAUUCAGCUCGUCCGCGAAUCUUGAGAUAUUUAAGCUUGAUUUCCAGUCUGAUGAUCCCGAACUGCCUCUCGUCGCUGAGUACCCGAGCUCUGACCGCUUCAAUCGUCUCUCGUGGGGGAAGGGCGGUUCUGGCUCUGAUGGCUUCUCUCUCGGUCUCGUUGCUGGUGGAUUGGUCGAUGGGAAUAUCGACAUUUGGAAUCCUCUUUCUCUAAUCAGGUCAGAAAAUGAAAGUGCCCUUGUCGGUCACCUUGUAAGGCAUAAAGGACCUGUUCGUGGUCUUGAGUUCAAUACCAUUGCACCUAACCUUCUUGCAUCUGGUGCUGAGGAUGGUGAAAUUUGCAUAUGGGAUUUGGCCAAUCCUUCAGAGCCUACACAUUUUCCACCACUGAAGGGUAGUGGCUCUGCUUCCCAAGGGGAAAUUUCAUUUUUAUCUUGGAAUAGCAAAGUGCAACACAUAUUAGCAUCUACUUCAUAUAAUGGGACCACUGUGGUCUGGGACCUAAAGAAGCAAAAACCAGUGAUAAGCUUUGCAGAUUCAGUUAGAAGGCGGUGCUCAGUUUUGCAAUGGAAUCCUGAUAUUGCUACACAACUUGUAGUUGCAUCUGAUGAAGAUGGCUCGCCCUCUUUAAGGCUUUGGGAUAUGAGGAAUAUAAUAACACCGAUAAAGGAGUUUGUGGGACACACUAGAGGUGUAAUAGCAAUGUCAUGGUGUCCCAAUGAUAGCUCUUAUUUGCUUACCUGUGGCAAAGAUAGCCGAACUAUAUGCUGGGACACUAUUUCUGGAGAGAUUGCCUAUGAGUUGCCGGCUGGGACCAACUGGAACUUUGAUUUGCAUUGGUAUUCUAAGAUACCUGGAGUGAUAUCGGCUUCUUCCUUUGAUGGAAAAAUUGGCAUAUACAAUAUUAAGGGUUGCCGUCAAUCUGGUGCUGGGGAAAAUGAUUUUAGUGCAGUAUCAUUGAGAGCUCCAAAAUGGUAUAAACGUCCUGCUGGUGUGUCUUUUGCCUUUGGAGGCAAACUUGUAUCGUUUCAUCCCAAUGCAUCUUCUGCUGGUUCUCCUGCUGGGACUUCAGAGGUCUAUGUGCAUAAUAUGGUCACUGAAAAUAGUCUAGUGAGUCGUUCAUCUGAAUUUGAAGCUGCUAUACAAAAUGGGGAAAGGUCUUUAUUGAGGGUUUUAUGUGAUAAAAAAACUGAGGAAUCAGAAUCUGAGGAGGAAAAGGAAACAUGGGGCUUUUUGAAGGUUAUGUUCGAAGAUGAUGGGACUGCACGAACAAAACUUCUUACACACCUUGGUUUUGAUGUACCUAUCGAAGCAAAAGACACAAUUAAUGAGGAUCUCUCCCAAGAAGUAAAUGCUCUUGGACUUGAGGACACUGCUGUUAAUAACGCGGGACAUGUACCUACUACUGAAACCGCUAUUUUCUCUACUGAUAAUGGGGAGGAUUUCUUUAACAAUCUUCCCAGUCCUAAAGCUGAUACACCUUUAUCUACUUCUGUUGGCAACUUUGUUGUGGCGGAUACUGCCAAUGGUUCAGAGAAAAUUCAAGAUGACUUGGAAGUGGAAGAGAGUGGUGAUCCCUCAUUUGAUGACAGUGUUCAGCGUGCUUUAGUUGUUGGGGAUUACAAGGGGGCCGUUACACAAUGCAUAUCUGCAAAUAAAUGGGCCGAUGCUUUAGUAAUUGCUCAUGUUGGCAAUGCCUCCUUGUGGGAAAGUACACGUGAUCAAUACCUUAAGAUGAUCCGAUCACCUUAUUUAAAGAUUGUGUCAGCUAUGGUGAGCAAUGAUCUCUUGAGCCUUGUGAACACUAGGCCUGUAAAGUUCUGGAAAGAAACCCUUGCUCUUCUUUGCAGUUUUGCUCAGAGAGAUGAAUGGACAAUGCUUUGUGAUACACUUGCCUCAAAACUCAUUGGGGCUGGCAACACACUAGCUGCAACUCUUUGUUAUAUAUGUGCUGGAAAUAUUGAUAAAGCAGUUGAAAUUUGGUCAAGGAGCUUGUCAAAUGAGCAUGAUGGGAAAUCCUAUGUUGACCUUCUUCAGGAUUUGAUGGAAAAGACUAUUGUUCUUGCCUUGGCAACUGGGCAGAAGCGAUUCAGUGCUUCUCUGUGCAAGCUUGUUGAGAAAUAUGCUGAAAUUUUAGCAAGUCAAGGGCUGUUAACUACAGCAAUGGAGUAUUUAAAACUUUUGGGUUCUGAAGAACUGUCGCCAGAACUUGAAAUUUUAAAGGACCGAAUUUCCCGUUCUAUAGAACCUGAGAAGGACAUAAAACCUACUGGUUUCGAAAAUUCUCAAUCACACAGUGGGUCCGUUUAUGGUGCUGAUAAUUCCAAUCACAAUAUAAAUUACUACCAGGAUUCAGCAUCUGCCGGAGUCCAGCAUGGUGUUUCUGGAGUUCAAUAUCCUGGAAGCUAUCAGCAGCCAUUUUAUCAUGGAGGAGGAUAUGGUGCUCCUACUCCACAGCAGCAACCCCAACAGCCUAAUUUGUUUGUUCCACCGCAAACUACUCAGGUUCCCCAAGCUCCCCAGCUGAACUUCUCAAAUACUGCUGUACAACCACCACCUUUGACAACUUUUGAUCCUCAAACUCCCCCUAUGCUACAAAAUGUGGAAAAAUAUCAGCAGCCCACAUUGGGUUCUCAAUUGUAUAAUACAACCACCAAUCAUCCAUACCAGUCGGCACCCCUUGCUCCUACACAAAUGAACUUGGGUCAAGUCCAGAACUUAUCACAAGUUGUGGCACCUACCCCAAAUCCGAUGGGAUUCAUGCCUAUCUCCAGUUCUGGUGGUGUUCAAAGACCAAUGCAACCUCCCAGUCCCCCUCAAGCACAGCCUGUGCAACCAGCUGCAGCACCAGCAGCUCCACCACCUACUGUGCAAACAGCUGAUACAUCAAAAGUACCUGGGCACCAAAAGCCUAUUGUGUCAACAUUGACAAGGCUUUUCAAUGAGACAUCAGAAGCACUCGGAGGUUCACGUGCGAACCCAGCCAAGAGGCGGGAAAUAGAAGAUAACUCAAAGAGAAUUGGCGGGUUGUUUGCGAAGUUGAACAGUGGAGACAUCUCCAAAAAUGCUGCUGAUAAGCUCCUUCAGCUUUGUCAGUCGUUAGACAGUGGCGAUUUUGGUACCGCCCUACAAAUUCAGGUUCUUCUCACCACUACUGAAUGGGACGAAUGCCAGUCCUGGCUAGGUUCACUGAAGCGGAUGAUCAAGACUAGGCAGAGCGUCAGACUAAGUUAAAAAGUUACAUAUUUCAUUUUGCUGAUUUUAGAAAAUUUUCAUGUGAUUAGUGUCUAGCACUAGCAGUAGUGGUUGCUGGUCCUCUCAUAGUCUUGAUCAAUGUACACAAGACUAGUGCCAUCUCUGGAUUGCUGGUGCAGCAGGGUUUUGAUUUUAUGGGCUUCUACAAUUUCUUGCACUGUCUGAAGCUUUCACAUUGACUGUUAUUAAAAGCUGUUGAGGAAACUAUCAGAAAAAUUUAGCAGAUUGUUUUUGAGCCAAUAUUUUAAAUAUGGUGAACGGUUUUUUGUCUGUUUGUUUGCUCUAAAAACUUUGGAUGGUUUUUUCCUCACUCCCCCAGGGUGUUCUAAUGUUGGUUAUAGAUUCAUGCUUUUUCUUUUA